AUGCACCGCCAUCACCAAGCGAACCAAGGGAAACUUUUCUCGACAGUCAGGGGAGCCCAUGCGGAGCAGCAGGAAGCGGCCUUGAGGCUAGUUGAGGCCGACUUUCGCACGGCGUGGGAGGAUCUGGAAGAAGGAUGGGACCACUUCGAGAAACACCAGAUCGAAAUCGGCAUCGUAAAAUCCGCCACAUCUUGCGGCGAGGAGAAUGAAUAUGGUGAGCUUGAAUGUUGUGGUGGCGAGCUCGUACACGUUCGUCGCGGCAUGUUCGAGGGGCAGCCUUUCGGCGACCUGUUUAAGGGUGCGUGGGAUGAGCGUGUUCCCCGAGAUGCGGCCGGUUACGUGGUGCUGGACGAAUCCCCUGCUUGCGUUCAACAUCUUGUGCGCAUGCUCCUGGCGAGUUCCGUGGAGGCAAGGGUGGACACGCCAUCACUACUGGGCGACGACAUACCUGCCCAUGACACGGCCUACCUUGAGUACAUUUCGCAUGCCCGUGGGCUACGAGAAGCGCGUGCGAAACCCAAGAUGGCUUCAGCAGCCCUCGAAGCCUUGACAAACGUGUACGGUCCGGACAUCGCUUCGGGGAAGAAGGACGAGGUCGUGGAGCUCAGCGUGCGUGGGGUCAGGAUGACAACCCUUCGUUCGACGCUGACCGCUUGCCCGGACUCGGUGUUCACCACCUGGUUCAACGGAAACUGGAAGCCCACCGAGAAGGAUCUGGACAAGCACGGGCGGAGAAUGCUGGACUGCAAACCGGCCGUCUUCGCGAAAGUGUUGGACGUGCUGCGCAUGAAGAAGUGGGCAGGGUGGGCACCCAGCGAAGACGCGGGGGGCGGAGGUGUGGUCGCGAAGCCGGUCCCCGUUGCCGUUCGACCGGCGGACCGCGCGUGCUUGGAGGAACUCGGGAACAAGUACUUCCCGGGGUGCGAACGUUUCAUCAUGGACUUGGUGGAGGAGCUGCCGACUGUACCGAACAUGGGCGGUAACAAGGCUUAA